CACAGGCGAAGAAAAGAAGAGAUGAUCGGAUAAGAAGAAAAGAGCCGCCCACAAUCACACACUGGUACCAGGGAGCUACCAUGGCGGAAUCCGCCUUCUCCGUUCUCUCUGAAGACCUAAUCUUGAACAUCUUCUCCAAGCUCCAAGACGACCCCAGAAACUGGGCACGCCUCGCCUGCGUCUGCACCAGGUUCUCCUCAAUUGUGCGGACCAUCUGCUGGAAAUCGCACUGCUACGCUACCAUCCCCUCCGUCGUCUCCGAUCUUCUUUCCUCUCCCUCCGCCGCCACUUCCUCCUCCGCAGAUCCUCCUCUCUUAGGCGGCUGGGCCUCCCUCCAUAAGCUCGCCGUCUCCUGCCCUGGGCUCCUCCACGCUGGCGUCCUCCUCGAGAACUCCGAUUUUGGGCUGGAACGCGAGCUCGGCCCCGACGAGAGCCUCCGUCUACCCGACCCGAAAUCUGCCCCGGCGGAUCCGACCAGAAGCGACUGUGGUAACCCGGAAUCCGGCGGAUCUGGGUUGCAGACAUCUUCUAUCUGGUCUCUGUACGACGAUCUCUAUUACGACACUCUACCGGCGUCGCCGGAGUAUACCGCCGCUGAUUGCGACGAAGUCGUCGGAGAAACCGACGCCGGAGAGAUCCGACCCGGUCAGGAUGUCUCCCAAAAGAAACGGCGGAAGAUCUGGCGAUCUAUAGGAUCUCAUCUGUCCUCCGGCGCCUGGAACCUGAGCCGGGAACCGGGCAACAAGCUACUCGCGAGCAGAUUCCGCGACGACUGCCUCUAUAUCUGCGAUUGGCCAGGAUGCAUCCAUGUCGAGGAGAAGCGGAGCUACAUGUUGUUCAGAGGCGUUUUCAAGAACUUCAAGCAUUCCCGUGUGUGGAGAACCAUAAACGACGGAAACCGGCGGAAGAUAGCGCUGAAAUGCGCGUUUUGCACGUGCAAUGAGACAUGGGAUCUGCAUUCAGCCUUCUGUCUGAGAAGGGUCUUCGGGUUUCAUGACGAUGGUGAACCAGUUGUCCGAGCUUAUGUCUGUGAGAAUGGACAUGUCUCCGGUGCAUGGACGACUUUGCCUCUGUACACCUGAGCUGAGGUCUCUGUUCUCUUAUCCUUUGGCCUCGCGCUCUUUAGUUCUUCCGAAAUGUGGUCUUAUUAUUAUUGUUGAACGAUUGCUGCUUUCCUCUCAUGUUCGACUUAAUCACUCUUUUUCAUGUUUUUACAUGGAACAAUUGGCUGCAAUUCAUGUUGUAAUGGUGGCUAAUUUUAUCUGAUGGGAUUGAAUUUCA